ACCUCGUCUAUGACCUCGUGCUACCCGGGCCGCGUCAACUCAAUCGCGAUUUAUUAAUCGGCAUUCCUUCCAGCUUUUCCUGCUCAACUUCGACUCCACCCGUUAGAAAUGAACGAAGAACAAUUUACGGCUUUCCUAAACGUGGUACAAGCCUCCCUAUCAAGCAUCUCAAUCCAGGCCCCAGCAAUUCCAGGAGCAGCAGCCGGUCAAUCGAAUGGAGAAUCUAACCCGGAUGGAUCAUCCUCAACCUCAUCCUGCACUUGGAGGAUCUUGAAUUUUGAGCAAUAUGACAGCAAAGAAAAAUUCUGUCAAUACGUCGAACGUUUUGAAAACUUCGCCGGCCUUAGAGGUAUUUCAAAUGAUUCUCUCCUCAUGAAAAGCACUCUUAUUAAUUGUCUAGGAAGUGAAACUUACCAACUCUUGAAAGCCAUAUCAGCUCCCAAAGAACUCAAAGAUCUUUCCUACAAGGAUAUCAUCGCAUCUCUCUCCCAGCACUUAUCUCCUCCCCCAAAUAAACUACUAGAACAACAUCGAUUUCUCUCAAGACUGCAGAAAGACACGGAGACAAUCGGUAAGUACGUUGCAGCUCUACGUAGUUUUCUAGAAAAUUCUGAGUUCAAGUGUACUUGCGGGAAAUCAAUUGCUGACAUGUUCCUUCGUGCCCAGUUCAUCCGUGGGAUCAAAAGUUCCUUUAUUAGAGAGAGACUAUUGUGUGAGUCAGAGUUAACAUUCGAGCGAGCAGUCAACAUGGCUCUUUCGCUCGAGUCAUCGAAGCUUGAUAACCAGGAGAUCCUGAACGGCUCAGCAUCAACAACUGGUGUCACUAGUGUUUGCAAAAUUCAUAGCUCAAAACCACCUUCUAGUCACAAUUCAAGGUAUAGAAGUAGAAAUAAGAGCGAACAGCGCUAUCAACGUAGUGACAGCAGGCACUCCAAGAGAGGCAAAUCUGCUAAGCGCAGAAUAGAUUAUGAAAAACUGGGUAUUUCUGAUCUCUGCAUUAGAUGUGGGCGCAAUAAUCAUAGAGCUUUUGAUUGUAAAGUUAAUCCAAGUAGUCUCAAAUGCUUCUCCUGUUCUAAAACUGGCCAUAUCAGCAAAGUGUGCAUUUCAACGUUAUUAACUCAGAAUAGGUCCCAUAAGGUUAACGCUGUCACUGAUGAAUAUCCUGAUGUAAAUGACAUCGUUGACUUCAGUUCAAAUCCAGAUUGUUUUCUCUUGUCUAGUGAUCCUUUUUAUAGUGAAGAUGAUGAUACAGGGAAAUAUAUUGCGUCAGUUGAUAUCAACGGUUUUGAAACCCAGUUCGAAGUAGACUCCGGUUGUGGUUAUACGCUACUCCCUGAAAAUCAAUUUUUGAAACUCGAUCCCAGAAUUAAACUGUUUCCUGCCCGUCAAAACUUCAAGUCUUAUGACCAUGGCAUAAUUAAACCUAUUGGAUAUGCCAAAGUAGCAAUCACAUUCAACAAUAUUACUGCAUAUGUUCCAUUUUAUGUGGUACCAUCGAAAUUUUCAGCAAUUUUAGGUAGAUCUUGGAUCAGACGUUUCCAGAUUAACCUUAAUGAGUUAAGCACUCAAAAGCCCAGUUCCAAGGAAGACUUUUCUUCCGUUCAUCGAAUAACGGUUCAAGAUAUCCAACAGCAAUUUCCAGAUAUUUGCGUACAAAAGGUUGGAAAAAUUCCAGACUUGAAAUGCUCCUUGCCUCUGAAAUCUAACGCUAAACCUAAGUUUCAGAAACCCCGUGAUCCACCCUAUGCCUUCAAGAAACCAGUCCACAAUGAGCUCGACGACCUUGAGCGUGACGACAUCAUCACCCGGACCGACACCAGCGAUUGGGGCUCACCUCUAGUUCCAGUCCCCAAGACAGUGGAAAAAGUGAGAUUAUGCGUCGACUACAAGUCAGGAGUCAACCCUCAACUAGAAGACUUUCACUACCCGAUUCCUCGCAUCGAAGAACUCAUAAGCGAACUCAAAGAAUCUUCAGUUUAUUGCAAGAUCGAUCUAUACAAAGCGUACCUACAGGUUGAAAUGGACGAUGAAGCAAAGAAAAUUCAAGCCAUCUCUACGCAUAGAGGCACUUACCUCAUGAACAGGCUCAGCUUGGGAAUCAAAACAGCCCCCAGCCAGUUCCACCAGAUCCUUGGUCGUCUACUCGCUGGACUUUCAGGCCGCAAUUUUCAGGGAAAUCAACCACUUCUGGAUUUCGAACUCUCAGCUUGUCAUGAAAAUACGCUUAAUCAAAUUUCCAGUGCCAAUGUCACAAGUAACGACAUCGCAGAGGCGGCAAUAUCGGAUCCAAAGCUCGUUGAUAUUAUCUCCAAGCUUCGCAGCAGCAGCGAAGACCCCGCCUGUAUGGAGUACGUAUUAGAAGGCGAUAUUGUUUACAGAGGUAACAGAGUCUAUUAA